AUGAAGGUGUCAAUUGUCCUGACACAGGCCAUUGGCCUACUCCUGCCACUUAGCGUUGCAGCUUCAGGCAAAUCGUACUCCCGAACUGAUGCCUGCCAUCCGCACCAACCUUUCAAGCCUCUUCCUGCUAGCCAGGCUCGAACCAAGACUUGCCAUGUCCCUAGCCAUGGAAAUGGCAAGGACGACUCAGCCUACAUUCUUUCGUCGCUGAAGAAAUGUAACAAUGGUGGAAAAGUUGUAUUUGAUGCCGACAAGACAUACACUAUCGGCACUGCUCUAGACAUGACAUUCCUUAAGCAUAUAGAUCUUGAGAUCCUGGGUACUGUGCAGUUCACGAAUGACACCGACUACUGGCAGGCAAAUGCCUUCUACCAGACCUACCAGAACGCGACGACCUUCUUCCAGCUUGGUGGCGAAGAUGUCAAUGUUUACGGUGGUGGCACAAUCAAUGGCAAUGGACAAGUUUGGUAUGACUUGUACGCUUCAGAUGCUCUCAUUCUGCGCCCCAUUCUGAUGGGCAUUAUCGGACUCAAUGGUGGUACCAUCGGGCCAUUGAACCUGCGAUACUCGCCUCAAUGGUACCACUUUGUGGCCAAUUCCUCGAACGUGCUCUUCGAGGGCAUUGAUAUCUCGGGGUACAGCAAGAGCAAGAAUACCGCGAAGAAUACUGAUGGAUGGGACGUCUAUCGUUCAAACAACAUUGUUAUCCAGGACUCGGUGAUCAACAAUGGUGAUGACUGUGUGUCCUUCAAGCCCAAUAGUACAAACAUUAUUGUGCAGAACCUUCACUGCAACGGCUCUCACGGUAUCUCCGUUGGCUCCCUGGGUCAAUAUAAGAAUGAGGUUGAUUAUGUUGAGAACGUGUUGGUCUAUAACAUUUCCAUGUUCAACGCAUCUGACGGUGCCCGUAUCAAGGUUUGGCCUGGUGUUGCCUCUGCCUUAUCGACUGAUUUGCAGGGUGGAGGUGGCUCAGGCAGCGUUAAGAAUAUCACCUACGAUACGAUGACUAUCGACAACGUUGACUACGCGAUUGAGGUCACUCAAUGCUACGGACAGAGUAAUCUGACCCUAUGCAAUGAAUACCCCAGCAGUAUGACCAUCUCUGAUGUCCACUUCACGAACAUCAAGGGUACAACAUCCGGAAAGUAUGACCCGAAGGUUGGAACAAUCGUCUGCUCGAGUCCAAACGUCUGUUCCGAUAUCUAUGCCACCGAUAUCGAUGUCACUAGCCCUUCUGGAGACAACGCCUUCACUUGCACAAAUGUCGAUGACAGCUUGUUGGAUGUGAAUUGUACCUCUUCUAGCUGA